UUGUUCUUUCAUUCUUGAAUGGUGAAUGCAGGUUCUAUCGCCCAGACUACUCCUCGUUUCGUUUCCCGCCUAGUGCUUCCUAGCGUACUUGGUCACCUAAACAGCUUAUAAAUCGUAGUUUCCCCAAGCUUGCCUGAAAAUAAGCGUUGAAAAACGUAUCUUCCCCGUCAGGCUUUUUCUGCUAGUAGUUGUCUAACAUUCUAGUACCUGUAGGUGACCGCAAGGCCCGGCGAGACCCCGCAAGGUCCGGCAAGUUACCCGGCACGACCCCGCAAGGCUCAGCAAGACCCGGCAAGGCCCGGAAAGGUUCGGCAAGACCCCGCAAGGUUCGGCAAGAGUGAGAGGAACCAUGGCGGAGCGGCAGAUCGUGGUUGCGAUGGACGCUCGCGAGGGAAGCCGCGAGGCGUUCCUCUGGGCUCUGGAUAACCUAAUCAAGCAGGGGGAUCACGUCACGCUCCUAAAUGUCCGACCCACGCGCGCCACGAUCCUUCCCACGCGAGCAGACGUCUCAGCAUCGUCAGGAAACCAGGGCGACGAUGACGAUGGCUACAUGCUGGCGAUGGAGCAGAUUCUGAACGAUCUCGUCCACAAGGCACACGAGCUCUUCCCGGGUCUCAAGGUAGACAAGGCGAUCAAGUCAGGCGACCCCAAGCACGUCGUUCUGGACGAGGUGGUGGUGAGGGACGCUGCAGCGCUUGUCAUGAGCUCCAGGGGUCUCAGCCCGGUGCAGAGGACCUUCCUUGGCUCGGUCAGUGAUUACUGCUCACGCAAUGCAGAUUGCGCUGUCAUCGUCGUGAGAGGCAAGGCAGCUCAGGGAUUCCAUAGUGCCUCUGUACCUUAGUUCUUCCUUUAACGAGUUACAUUUCGAAUGCAUCAACUCUAUGUUACCCCAGACUCAGGCAGUGGUGUGUUGUGGUGUUCUUAGUGUUGAUUUACCUGUGUUUUUUUUUUUGCCAUUUUGUGAGGCGCAAAUAGUGAGUGUCG